GGCCCCCUCGCUGCUGCUCGGCGCUCUCGAGAGACAGGUGGUCCUGCUUAGCCGCGCGGCGGCCAGGCACCCGCCCGCGCCUGCCGCCCCCGCCGUCGAGUGCCGGAGGCUCUCCACGGGCAGCGGGGGUUCGUCUGGUUCUGCGGCGGCGGGGCGCGAGGGCGGCUGCCGGGUGCCGCGCGAGGCGCGGACGGCGUGGGCGUGGGAGGUGCAGCGCCGCAUCACGCUGUUUCACACGGACUGGCGCGCACCGUUCCUCCCGCACGACGGCGAGGCCAGAUGGCGCUGGCUGGACGCCGCGUAUCGGAGGCACCCGUGGGUCGCCGGGACCUUGGACGCCAGCGCCGCGGCUGACAGGCCGCCGCUGCGGGCGCCUGGCAGCUGGGCCUGCGACGAUGCCGGCUGGGUUGUGGCCACCCUGGGGCAGCCCUGCGGCGAGGGCCAGGCCGCCGCCAGCAUGGGGGGCUGGGGCGGCGCCGAGUUCUCGGAACCAGCGCGCGGAGGCGGCCACGAACCGCCGGACGCCCUCGCGCCGCACGGCGCAGGCGCGCACGACGAGGAGGGCUGGCAGUACGCCGUGGACUUCUACCUGUCGGAC